AUGUCGUCAAACGUAGAGGAUGCCAUAGUGGCAGGAGCAGCUUGCGUAAUUUUAUGCAGGCGACACCGACGUGUAAAGCGAAGAUUUUGGGUGCGGCCUUCAUUAAAAGCUCGAGAAAUAUAUAGUGGUAUAGCUCUUUUAACUGAUCUGAAAAGAGAUGACCUAGACCCAUCGUCAGGAGACAUUAAAUGUGAUGGCACUGGGGAAGUUACGGGUGAAGGUGUAGUGGACGGAGUGGUGGAUGUCCCAGGUACCCAAAUAUCAAGAGGAAUGGCAACAGAUUGCAAAUGAUUUUGAUCAGAAGUGGAAUUACUCUCACUGUUGUGGCAGUAUCGAUGGAAAACACA